UGAGAACCGCGCUUACAUUUAACCAACGCAAGCCCGCGACGGACACACCUCCCAGAAUCAAAACACGCACUCCGUAGUGAGACCGGCUUCAACUUAGUAGUUCGAAGUUAUAGCUGUUACUGAGCGUUUAUACUGUUGUUUUAUGUAAGUCUAUUAUUUUCAAAAGACUGUUGUUUUACAACUACAUCGUUUAGUGUUACGAUGCCUAAUGUAAAGCACCAGAAAGGCCAUCGUAAUGGCCACGAAGAAGUACCAAACAUUGUUCCGAACGGAAAUGUGCAAGUAAACAACCAUCGUAUGGAACACCAAAAUAACAAUGAUGGUGAAAACGGUGCAGCAAGACUACAGAAUUGUUGUGUUCCAACUGGAUGUAAUGAUGAUCCAAUAGACCCAUCAGAUCCUUACGAUGCUGUUAGAGUAGUUUGCAACAAUGAUGCCUGCACUGUAGGAAACUGGAUGCACAAAAAUUGCUUCAUCGAGUGGGAAGAAUCUGUGCUUUCCUUUCUAAGAUCGUGCGGCCGUGCACGCAGUUGGAGUGAAAAGCAGAGAUUGCAAAAUUUAUGGACUAAAAAAGGCUAUGAUCUUGCUUACAAAGCAUGUGAUUGUAAGUGUGGCAGAGGGCAUUUACGCAAAGAUUUAGAUUACUUCCCAGCGCCCUUCAAUGAAAACGCCAAGAAAGUGAGAAAGAACAAAAAGAAAAACGACAAGCCCAUGCCAGUGGUGAGUACCAACCACAAAGCUGGUCAUAAUUCCAACCACCCGCCUCUUCUAACCCAUCCAGUGGAUAACCACAGCCAUAUACUUCCUGCCAUCCAUAAAGUGGAUAACGCUACUAAAAUCUUAAAGAAAGAGUCGGUGAAUGUAAACACAAGGCGCCGCGGCAGUGACAACACCAUCAACAACAACCCCAGCUCUGAUACUAAAGCCAGGAGCAGGAACAACAGCUCCGAUCACCUUGACAACGGGAAUGAAAACGAAGUUAACGACAACACGUCUCACCAUGUCACCAACAUGGCUUUCACUUCCACCCCUUUGAUCAUGCCGAGCAACAGCCUCCGAAUGCGUACCAACAGCGUAAGCAGCACGGGAAGUGUGGGUAGCCAGGCAAGUAGCAGUGGUAGCAUACCUAGCUCUGCUGGCUCCAUAUCCCCACUGUCCAGCUCUCCGGUCAGCGGGAACGUCUUCUUCAAAGGUAAAAAAGUUGAAACCUUUGACCCCAGUCAACCCGGGAUGUUCCGCCGUCGCCAGGACUUCUCUGCCUUUAAUGUGCUACCCAGGUACAAGAGGAACCCCUACAACAUCCACAUUGAGGACGUGCAGGAGGACGAAGACACUCGCAACUUUGUCCUCAGCAACCUGACCAACAAGCGGAUGACCGCCCUACGCUGUGUGCUGUGCAAGACCCAGCUCCCAGUGUUUGACCGUUUCCCCCUGGUGGACGGGACCAUGUUCCUGUCACCCCAGGCCUACGACCAGCACGUUGUUCAGGUCAUCUGGGAGGGGAGGAUACAGUUCCUCAAUGCUGUCUGCAUCGGUUGCCUGGAGGGGAGAUGUGAAGCUAAGUGUUCCUCCUGUAAAACCCCAUGGGAUGGAUCGUCGUUCGUCGUGGGAACAAUGUAUACCUAUGAUAUUUUUGCUGCCAUGCCGUGUUGCCAGAAAAGGCUAACAUGCAAGCACUGCCGCCGCGCUGUCAUAGAUGUGUCCAUUGGCCUAGACUUCUACAGCCAGUACAGCCGAAUGAUUAUAUGUCCUUAUUGUAAGGCGAAUGACUAUCACUUCAUCAGGUCCCUCGCUGAUACCUUCAGCGUUAAGGAUCCUAUAUGUGGCCAGUGCUAGGCAAGAACUUCCAUGAUCCCUAGUCUCAGCCUCGUCCUAACUCUAUCAUGUUGCAGCCAUUUCAUUGUAUUGUUGGUAACAUUUGAUUGCAUUUCAAACAUGUUCGCGUUACUCACAAACUUUUCUAGACAUUGGAUUUGCUUGCUCUUUUUAAAAACAAAACUGGUACCUUAAGAAGUGGACAUUAUUUUUAUAUACAUAUAUAUCUUGUGUAUUGCUUGUGUGGUUGCAGUUGUGUAAUAUUCAACUUGGAUUGGGUUGCCUCUGAGGAAUUCAUGGAUGCCUUAGAAUGAAGGAAGUAUAAAAUGUAAGAUAGUUUGAUAUAUCGUACCUUUUCUUGUCGUUAAAUUGAAUUUAUUGGAAAUAAUUAUAUACAUAAUUAUAUAUAGAACUACAUUUAUUUUCAUAAAUGUGCAUGUUUUAUUUUUCAAUCAUAUUUCCUAAUUGUAAAAAAAAGAAAAGGCUGUUCUGUUCAAAAGUAAACCUGCACUUGCUAGCCUGAUAAAUAUGUAUUGUAGCUACAGCGGUAUACCAUACUUUUUGUUUAUUAUGAGUUGGCUAGCCCUACCGCCUUUCCCCCGGCCAGUAGAUGCAAGCACAUUUUUAAAAAUUAUGCAAAUAAUCUGAGUAUUUUAAGUGCUUCUUAAAAACUUAAGUACUGUAUUAAUAAAAAUGGACCAUAGGCUAUCAGAUCUAUCAUAAAUUAAAACUAAA